AUGACUCACAAAGCCACCUACCUCCCACCAACAGGCACAGACCUCUCCUCCGUCUUGCAAGGUGGCUACAACCAUCCGCUCGCCCGCGAAUGGCAGAGCGAAAGACAGCUUCUCAAGCUGAUGUUCAUCUUCCCACUUUUCAUCUCCGACAUCGACGACGAGGAGUCGAUCAUUCCCUCGCUUCCAAACAUCAAGCGCCACGGCAUCAACAAGCUAGCCGCCUACUUGGAGCCUCUUGUUGCGAAGGGGUUGCGCUCGGUGAUUUUGUUCGGAGUGAUCUUGAAGGACGGCGUGAAGGACGAGGUGGGCACGGCAGCCGAUGAUCCCGACGGGCCGGUCAUCCGCGCCAUCAAACUUAUUCGCGAGCGUUUCCCGCAACUUUAUGUCAUUUGCGAUGUGUGUUUGUGCGAGUAUACUAGCCAUGCGCACUGUGGAGUGUUGCAUGAGGAUGGGUCACUUAAAAGAGAAGAGUCAGUUCUUAGGAUUGGCGCUGUAGCUGUAAACUAUGCCCGUGCGGGCGCUCACUGUGUAGCUCCUUCCGAUAUGAUGGAUGGCCGCAUUAAGGAUAUCAAGAGAGGCUUGGUCGAUGCUCAGCUCGAGAACAAGGUGCUUGUGAUGAGCUACUCGGCCAAGUUUUCGGGCUCCUUGUAUGGACCUUUCAGAGAUAUUGCUGGCAGUUGUCCUGGAAAAGGCGACCGCAAGCUGUACCAGUUGCCUGUAGGUGGAGCUGGCUUGGCCAGACGGGCGUUGGUGAGAGAUAUCGAGGAGGGUGCAGAUGCGUUGAUCGUGAAGCCAUCCACUUUCUACCUCGACAUCGUCAGCGAGGCUUCCAAGAUCUGUAAAGACUACCCGCUCUGUGUGUACCACGUUAGUGGAGAGUAUGCCAUGUUGCACGCGGCUGCCGAGAAGGGUGUUGUGGACUUGAAAGCCAUUGCGUUUGAGUCCCACCAGGGAUUCCUCCGUGCGGGCGCACGUAUGAUCAUCUCCUACUUCACCCCGGAAUUCUUGGACUGGUUGGAUGUCUAG